AUCAUCAUCAGAUCAAGCUGCAGUUAACAGUAAGAAGAAUCAGAUCAGUCAUCAUGACGUACAAGGAGCUCAGCAUCAGACGGCUCUAUGACAGACACGUUCGAAGAACACCAGUGCCGUAUCGGACGGUGCGAAUCGUGGCCAAACGUCCGUCCGUCUGCUGGCCAGAGGAGCACGACUACAGACGGAUCUAUUAUGGAGGAGAUCAUGGAUUAAUUCAUCACAGCGAGAAAUUGCAGGAACACAGAGAGCGACUGCUCAAGCAGCAGGAGGCGCUGUAUUCCUAUAACACACAAGAGGAUCGUCCAGCAGGACCACAGGCCGAUCUCAGGGUUGGUGGCGCUGUUUCCUCCCAGUCUGGGGUCAGAGGUCAAAGGUCAGGCCGUCUUCGGCCCGCAUCCAGCGGAGGAGGAAAGGACACGCUCCUGCAGGCCAUCGCCAAUCUGAACAAAAUGGUUGAUGGUAAAGACGUCAGACGCGGGACUCUGAUGCCCUUCGUCCGCCAGCGUUUACCUGAGAGCACAUACGCCCCGUCCCGAGUGUGCAAACAGAAGCAGAACAGCAGCGGCGGGUCGCUCUCGGACGCUCGAAACUGCACUAAACAAUCAGACAAACACAGGCCGUCCAGUGAUCUCUCUGGAAGAUCUGCACAUGCUUCUGCAUCAGCCAGCAAGAUAUUUUUCUCCGAUUUGGACGAGAUUCCAGGUUUGGGCGGAGAACCAGGGGAACCGACACUGGAAGAACGUCAUGCUCAAGCCAUCAAAAACAAAGUUCUGGAGAUUGAAAAGUUGUACAAACAGGACUGCGAGACCGUCGGAAUAGUGGUGAGGAUGCUUAUAUCCAAAGAUCCAACUCUCGGACCGACGCUCCUGUCUGCACUGCAUAAGAACCUGGUUGAAAUCGGUGACAAAUAUUUGGAAAACCUCAGCCGAUUCAUCUCUGAGGUGAGCGCGUUGGUCAAACCCAACCAGACCAAACCGGCCAAACCUAACUGACCGUGAAAUGCGUCGUCACUUCCUACUGUCUAGCGGUAACGUUUGUUUCGUUUGUGCCAAUUUUGUUGUCAUAUUAUUCAGCACAGCCGUCUUGAGACCAUUAAGUUCAAGAACCACAGUUCAUUGUUCACCUUGUAUUC